AUGGCACAACAGGACUUAAGUCUCACGGCAUACUUGACUAAGAUAACGAAGCUCUGGAACGAGCUCAAUUGUUUGGCACCGCCACCGAAGUGUAAGUGUGGGGGUUGUAGCUGCGGGAUCAACGAAGAAAUCGAUGCAUUAGCUUCACUGACGCAGCUAAUGCAACUUUUGAUGGGUCUUCAUGAAGUCUUCAAUAACGAACGAAGUCAGAUUCUCAUGCUUGAUCCGCUACCUAACGUGGAAAAGGCAUUUUCGAUGAUCUUCAGUGUUGAGCAACAGAGAGCAAUCCAUACAUCCAUUGACAUGAAUUCUAGUAAUGUGGCUUACCAGCUUAAUUUGAAAGGGAACAAGAGGGAGGAUGACAGAUAUGUACAGAAAAAGAAGUUUAUUGCAAACAAACGGAGUUUGAUGUGCUCUCACUGCCAUAAGCCGGGGCAUGGGCAAGAAACAUGUUUUCAACUACAUGGAGUACCUGAUUGGCACAAGUCUCUCAAUGAUCGUAAGAAGAAGGGGCGUUCAUUUGCAGCAAAUAUUGAUGAUAAAGGUGACAAUACACAAGGCAAUGCUGCAGAGGUGAUGAAUCAGCUGCUUGAAUUGCUAAGGAAGGCGAAUGUUUCCCCGGAUCCAAUUACCAAUCACGCAAACUUCGCACAAUUUGAAGAAGAGUUUGCAGGUAACGUUGCUAAACCUUCUUGUAUCGAUUUGAGUACUUGGAUCAUUGAUACGGGGGCUACCAAUCAUGUAUGUGCUAGCAUUGCAUUGUUCCAUUCUUUUGCUAAACCUGCUAAUCCUCAUUUCAUAUACUUACCAGAUGGUUCCAGAAAUCAAGUUCAAUAUGUGGGGAUGUGCAGUUCUAUGAAGAAGUUUUUCCCUUUUCUCAAGCUCCUGCAUCACUUGAUACUAUCCUGCCCUUGCCUAUGGUUCCAUUGGAUUCCACGGGUUCUUUGCACUUACAUCCAGACCAUACUCAAUCCUCUAUAUCUCAACCUACUCCCUCUGGACAUAUUCCUGCCUCAACCUCCCGUUGUCCGUCGUUCUAGUAGAAUUACUCGUAGACCUUUAUGGCUUGAUGAUUUUGUAUCUGUCACAUCUAAUCCUCACAUUGUUCAUCCCUCUAAUGCUGCAUAUACAUCCUUUGUAGCCCCUGUGUCAAUUUUGCAGGAACCUAAGUCGUUUCAAGAAGCUAUGCGACACCAAGAAUGGAUUGAUGCUAUGAAGGCCGAGCUCACUACCUUAGAAGACAAUCAGACCUGGAUUCUUACUCCUUUACCAGCAGGAAAGAAGCCUAUAGGGUGUAACUGGGUGUACAAGACUAAACUACGGGCUGAUGGUUAUGUGGAGCGCUGCAAAGCACGCCUUGUGGCGAAGGGCUUCACUCAAGUUCCUGGGGUUGACUAUACGGAUAAUUUUUCUCCGGUCGCGAAGCCAGUCACAGUACAAGUGUUCUUAUCUAUAGCUGCUGCUCAUAAUUGGCCUUUGCAACAGAUGGAUGUGAACAAUGCGUUCUUGCACGGCUAUUUGGAAGAGGACUUGUACAUGAAGCCCCCCGAAGGAUAUCCUGUCCAGAAAGGCUUGUUUGCAAAUUGCAGCGACAACGGACUCCUAGCUCUUCUUGUUUACGUGGAUGAUAUCAUCGUUACUGCGCCUUCCUUGGAACUGAUUCAGACAGUAAAAGACUAUUUGCACUCACUCUUCACCAUAAAAGAUCUUGAUAACGCACGCUACUUCCUUGGCCUUGAGAUUGCGCGAAGCUCUGAUGGACUUUAUCUAGCUCAAACUAAGUAUGUCCAUGAUAUCAUAAAGGAUACUGGAAUGUCGGCUGCAAAAUCUAUUAAGACACCUUUUCCUUUGGGUCUUAAACUUGCCACUGCUUCUGGUGCUCCCCUUUCUCAACCUGAUCAGUAUCACCGUUUAAUUGGCCGUUUAUUAUACUUGGGUUUCACACGCCCCGACAUAUCUCAUUCGGUGCAGCAAUUAAGUCAGUUCCUCACUCGCCCGUGUGAUGCUCAUUGGCGAGCAACCUUACAUGUGGUUCGGUACCUUAAGGGUGAGCCUUCCAAAGGUUUGUUCUUCCCUACCACUUGCAAUUUUGAACUCACUGCAUAUUGUGAUGGCGAUUGGGCAUCGUGUACUGAUUCUCGUCGAUCGCUUACUGGUUAUUGCAUUUUUUUGGGUGCUGCUUUGGCGGCCUUACACAUUAUGGCCAAUCCCGUUUUUCAUGAGCGGACGAAGCACAUUGAGAUUGACUGUCACGUUGUUCGUUCUGCGUACAAGGAUGGUUUCUUGACUCCCCUGCAUAUUCAUAGCUCUCUACAACUUGCCGACAUUUUCACGAAGUCACUGCCUCUCAAGACGUUUGCAUUUUUACUGGCCAAGUUGCUUCUUGCUGCUCUGCAUUCGAGUCCCACUUGUGGGGGGGCUGUUGAGCUUGGAAAUGUUUCAGUAAUGGAUGACAAGGCUGCUACUAUCAUUGGUAUAUAG